GACCACUAGGCCAGCCGCCGGCGGUGCGCGUGCCCGGUGGGGCGCCGCGCGCACGCUCCGACCCCGCCGCGCCCGGCGCUGGCACCUCCUCCAGAAAGCCCUCCGGAACGCCCCUGCUGAGCCAGUCGUUUCCGAGUUCUCUGGCCCCGAUUGGGACCUCCGCGCCGCGAUUCUCAGGCCGGAGGUACAGAGACAUACCUCCCUGUCCGGGGCUCAGCCAGCACUGCUAGGUACACAGAAGGUGUCCAGCGAGUGUAGCUCAGAGGAUCCUGCAGGCGGGCUGCUGCUCCGUUCUGCGUGCUUGUCCGCAGCGCCCAGGCUGGGUGCUUUCACGCACCUGGUUCCAUCUGCACAGGGAAUGUGCAGGGGGCGCUGGGCCGCAUUCCCUAAAUGGGGAAACGGAGGCACGGAGAGGAAGCGCUGUCCUUCCUCUUCCACAACCACAGGUCUGGCCUGCCACCGUGGGCGGGGCCCUGGGAGUCAGCUGGAACCAACAGAGGCCUUGGCAACGCACGCAGCAGUGCUUGUGGCAGCAGCUGCCAUAGGGAGGCCAAGCGUGGAGGCGGCACCGGGCUCGGAGCUGGCCAGGGUCCCCUCACCUAUGGAACACGCAGCCACCACAGGCCCCAGGCCUGGACCUCCCCCUCGGCAGGUGGACAACGUUGUGCUACGAGCCAAGGACUGGUUGCCAGGAGCUCCUGGGGGCACCACAGCAGGGGCCACCAGCCUGGAAGCAGAGGUCCCACCAGAUCCGGUGCUCAGUGAGGAGCAGCAGCUGCAGAUCUCCAAGGAGCUGGUCGACAUUCAGAUCACAACCCACCGCCUACAGGAGCAGCAUGAGGCUGAAAUCUUCCAGCUGAAGAGUGAGAUCCUUCGGCUGGAGAGCCGGGUGCUGGAGUUGGAGCUGCAUGGAGAUCACACCAGCCAGGGUUGUGCGGUCCCAGUGGAGGCUGACCCCAGGCACUGCCGGGCACCAGCCCAAGAGCUCAGACACAAAGCCCAGGUACAGCCUAAGAACGCCAUGAACCCUGAGAAUGAGCAGCAGAGGCUGGGGAAUGGCCUACUGGGAAGCCAGGAGCAGCUGCAGAGACAAGUGAAGUGGGCACUGGAGCGUCAGGAGGCCCGGCAGCAGGCACUGGAGACUCGUGUGGAAGCCCUGGGCCGGCAGCUGCAGGGAGCCCGAGAGGAGGCCAGAGCAGCUGGACAGCGACUGGCCACACAGGCUGUGGUGCUGUGCAGCUGCCGAGGCCAGCUCCGCCAGGCAGAGGCUGAGAACGCCCGGCUGCAGCUGCAGCUCAAGAAGCUGAAGGAUGAGUACGUCCUGCGGCUGCAGCACUGCGCUCGGGAGGCAGUGGAGCAUGCAGACAGUGCAGGCCAGGCGCAAGCCACCACGGCCCUCCGGACAUUCCUGGAGGCCACUCUGGAGAACAUCCGGGCAGCGCACCGCAGCCGUGAGCAGCAGCUGGCCCGGGCUGCCCGCACCUACCACAAGCGGCUGGUGGAUCUGAACCACAGGCAUGAGGAGCUAUUGGCUGCCUACAGGGCACCUGGGAACGCCCGAGCUAUUUUUGACACAGCCAGCUUGGACCUGGAACCAUUGCCCGUGUCCCUGGUCACUGACUUCAGCCAUCGGGAGGACCAGCACGGCGGGCCUGAGGCACUGCUCUCAUCCCCAUGGAAGGGACCCGGUGGAGCCUCCCAGGGGGGAACAUCAGACCCACAGGGCCUGGACGCUGCAUCCUGGGCCCAGAUCCACCAGAAGCUUCAGGACUUCUCCCGCAGCACCCAGGCAGAGCUGGAACGGGAGCGGGCACAGCUGCUGGUCCGGGCCACGGUGGCUGAAGAGCAACUUUCUGAGCUACAGGAGUACGUGGACCAGCACCUGGGCAGGUACAAGCAAGAAAUCCUGAGGCUGAGGAAGCUGGCAGGUUCAGGGAACCCCUGGAAGCUCCAGCAUCCAAGGACCGGCAGCCACUAGUUCAUCUCCCAGGACCAGAGCAGAGCCCAUCACAGCCAGCACGGAGCCCUCCCACCCAGUCUCCCACAAAACAUGAGUCAGUAUAGAACCCACAGAGUCUUUAUCAUAUUUGAACA